AUUUUCUUUUCCCUCCUUUCUCCCCCACGAGGUGGUUUGGACUGGUUCUAGCUCUUUCUUAAAGACAGUGCUACAUUUUUCUUCUCACACUUGCCAGAAUCGAGGCCGGUUUAAAGUAAUGCUGCAGCUGUAGAACGUUGAUGGUGACGCCGUAUGUAGUGUAAACGGACCUUUUUCUGGGAGUCACGGUUAUUGUAGCGACGUGAACACAGCCUUCCUGGUCCUGGUUUAACUCGUUAGAAAGUGAUGUCCCGAAGGAGUAGUCGCAGUGGCAGCCAGGCGGCCACAGUUAGAGCUGGGCAAAAGCGUAAGAUAAAGAAGGAGGAUGAUGAAGAUGUAAAACCUACACUGGUCGUGAUAAAAGAAGAGGAUGACGACGACAGGUCAAAUUCGGGUAUGCGUUGGGAGUGGGAAGGAGAUGAACCUGGUGACUGGAGUGUGUUUUCAGAUCAUUUGAACUCUCAGAUCGCAGAUGCCUUCAGAAGUGGGAAGUCCUCAGUUAGUUUGACACCUGACUCCGGAGAUGGGCUCAAAGUGGAUUUGAAGAAUAUGACCCAGCAGAACAUACAGUCAGGUGUCAAAAGGAAAAUAAGAAUUGCAGUUCGACAGCACAGCAAAUAUUUUAGCUGGCAGUGGGAGGAAUCUGAUGGAGAAUGGAUACCUUAUGAGGCUAGGACAUCUUUGCAGCUUGAGCAGGCAUUGCAGAAAAAUGAGAUAAGUCUUACACUUGCCUUGAAGAGGAAUCAGUAUAUAAUGGACUUGGUAAAAAUGGUGCAAGUAAACAAGAAGACUAAAUUUGAAAGGAGAAUUCAACGUGUGGAGUCUGUGGCAGUGAUACCAAUUUCCACCAGUGAGAAUGGCGAUGGCGUUACCCGUGUGUCUGUCUCUGAUUCUUCAAAAAAUGAAGAAGACGAUGGUCCCUCUCCGAAGAAGAAAAAGAAGGUUGCUGGAAGAAGUGGCAAAAAUAGAGGAGUCUCUACUGUUCCUGUUAGCAACACUGAUAAGAAUGAAGUUGUGAAGAAGGUCGUUUUAAAAGGGAGAGUACCAGUGGAUCCUGAAUGCAAAACCAAAGUAGGCAAGGCACGUGUGUAUUGUGAAGGUGAUGAUAUAUAUGAUGUCAUGUUGAAUCAGACCAAUGUCCAAUACAACAACAACAAGUACUACCUCAUACAGCUACUGCAAGAUGACAGUGAACUUGUGUUCAGUGUUUGGAUGAGAUGGGGAAGAGUUGGCAAGAUUGGACAGUCCUCCCUAGUGACUUGUGGGGUGGACCUUCUUAAGGCCAAAAACAUAUUUAAAAAGAAAUUUCUUGACAAGACCAAGAAUGAGUGGGACAACAGAGAACAUUUUGAAAAAGUUCCUGGUAAAUACGAUAUUGUAAAGAUGGACUACAGCACAAACAAGGAAGAGGAAAGUACCACACAAGAACCAAAGAAGUAUAAAGACUCAAAGCUUAAAGCCCAAGUGCAAGAUCUCAUUAAUCUUAUCUGCAACAUUCAGACAAUGGAAGAGUGCAUCUUAGAAAUGAAGUUUGACACGCAAAAAGCCCCUCUUGGCAAACUUACUGAAGAACAAAUCAAGGCAGGAUACAUGUCUCUGAAGAAGAUUGAAAACUGCAUCAAGAAAAAUGCAACGGGCAAAGAGUUGCUUGAAGCCUGUAAUGAGUUUUAUACCCGCAUUCCUCAUGACUUUGGGUUACGAACUCCACCUAUUAUUCGAACAGAAAAACAAUUACAAGAAAAAAUUGAACUUCUUCAGGCGCUAAGUGAUAUUGAAUAUGCUAUCAAAAUGGUCAAGUCAAGCUUGGACAGCUCUGAAAAUCCACUUGACAUACAGUAUCAGUCACUUAAGUGUAGUUUGGAGCCUUUGGAUCAUAACAGUAAGGAGUUCAAGAUACUGGAGAGAUGUUUACUGUCAACCCAUGCUUGCACACACUCCGAUUACACCCUUACUCUUCUUGAUGUCUUUAAGAUGGAAAAACAGGGUGAGAAAGAUGCUUUUCAACAAGACAUUGGCAACAGAAUAUUAUUAUGGCAUGGAUCACGUCUAUCAAACUGGGUGGGAAUACUGACUAAAGGCCUAAGGGUAGCACCACCUGAGGCUCCUGUCACCGGUUACAUGUUUGGCAAAGGAAUCUACUUUGCAGACAUGUCCUCGAAAAGUGCCAACUAUUGCUUUGCCAACAGACAGAAGAACGUGGGGCUGCUACUCCUUAGUGAGGUGGCUCUUGGGGAAUGCAAUGAACUUCUUGCUGCAGACUAUGAUGCUGCUAGUUUGCCUUCCGGCAAGCACAGCACCAAAGGUUUAGGGAAGAGAGCACCUGAUCCAAAAAACAUGGUUACACUAGAUGAAGCCUCCUUGUUAAUGGGUCCGGCAAUCAACACUGGAGUAGGCAACCCAGUUGGUUACAGCCUUCUCUACAAUGAAUAUAUUGUGUAUAACCCUCAGCAGGUUCGCAUGAAAUACCUUCUAAAAGUGCAGUUCAACUUUGUGUCACUAUGGUGAUUACUAAACUGGCAGAAAUCCAUCUACUUUGACCAAGCCAUAAGAAGAGGAAAAGAGGAAUGAACAAUAUAAAGGAUAUAUUUUCAGGUAGUUCCAUACACCUUGUUUUCAAGUGGUAUUUAAAGUAACAAACUUAAAUAUAGGAAAUUCCUGAGGAAUUUAUGAAACUGCAAAUCAAGGGGCAGAGUGUACAUCUUUUGUGUUUUCAGGAUAUAUUUUAUUAAAAUUAAAAGCAGGGUUUUUCAGUUUUCUGCUUUGAACAUCUUUAAUAACAAAGAUUUAACAUUAAAUUGUAUACUUUAAAAUAUAUUGUUCUUCAUUUGUUAAAAAAGAAAAAAGUAUGAUGAAUGUUAACUGCAAGUAGUUCUUUAUAUAAUAUUUCAUUUGUUUGUUUGAGAAUCAAUAAUACUAACAUUGUUUCAAAUCCCUGUUCUAUAAUUGUUUGAUCUGAAUAGUAGUGACAACAUUGGUUUAUGUACAUUAUGUUUUAAAUCAUUCAGGAAAGAAUUAAUAAAAAAAAUUGUUCAUUUUUUAAAUUG